CACGUAAUAACACACACCCAUACAUAUAAAGGGAAGGGACAUCUAACAGGUACCACUUCGUCGCUGAACAGAGAACAGAGUCUAAGGAAAUUCGUGUGAAUUUGAGUCUCUACAAGCAAGACAUCCUACCAUGAAGACGAUUAUUGUAAUAGGGGUUCUGGCAGUAUUUCAACUAUCUGCCGCUCAGUAUGACACGGAGAACCUUGAGUCUGUUUCUUAUGUGGUCACGAGACUUGCUGAUGGGUAUGAGGAGCGCUUAUAUGAGGCAUCGAAGUGGGCUUGUCACGACCUCCUGAAGGAUACGUACGGCUUCAAGGCACAGAGGGAGUCCUUCCUACCCCUUUUCCGAUACAUCACUGGCGAUAAUGCUGAAGGAGCCGAGAUCGACAUGACAGCCUCCGUGACCAUCAGGAAAGACGUGUCACCUGAAGCAGGAAAGCGCUACCAAAUGUGCUUCUACAUGCCGGCCGCGUACCAGGCAGCGCCCCCUGCACCCACCAACCCCGAUGUUUACAUUGAGGACCGACCUCCUAUGACGGUUCUUACAAGGGUGUUCGGUGGGUUCGCCAUGAGGGAGAACGUGUGGGAGGAGGAAGCAGCAAGUCUGAGACAGAUCCUUCAAGAUGCUGGGGAGAAAGACAUAGAUUUCUCCCUUCAUUACAGGUUGCAGUAUGACCCCCCAAUGAAAUUCGAAAACCGUCGGAAUGAACUUUGGUAUGUCAAGAAAAAGUAAAACCAAAGACAAGAAGUAAAGAAAUGAAACGCGAAGAAAUCUCUUUUUUGAUAUACUAGA